CGCCCCCUCGGCUGGCCGCCAUCUUGUUGUUGAUCCGUACCCAGUGGGCAGCGCCAGGAGCUGGACCGAGCGGCCGGUGCGGGGCCGCUGCUGCGGGGCUCAGCCACCUGCGCUGUCUGCCAGGGGGCGGGACGAAACCUGGAGGCCCGGGGGGCCCAGCUCCCGUGGGGAGCCUUGGGCGCCCGCUGCCCGGGUCCGGCCGGACAGAACAAUAAGCUAAGCAGACUCUGACCAUUGGCCUCCCUCCCACCAGCCAGGAUCAACCUAGCUCUUUGUUUGUGGUUCAUGAGCAGCAUCAUCUACCAUCAUUGUGCAACCGGCCCCCAACGCAAUGUGUGUUUGUCAAACCAUGGAAGUGGGGCAGUAUGGCAAGAAUGCAAGUCGGGCCGGAGACCGAGGAGUCCUCCUGGAGCCCUUCAUCCAUCAGGUGGGCGGACACAGCAGCAUGAUGCGGUACGACGAUCACACUGUGUGCAAACCUCUCAUCUCCAGGGAACAGCGCUUCUACGAGUCUCUCCCUCCUGAAAUGAAGGAAUUCACCCCUGAAUACAAAGGUGUGGUUUCUGUCUGUUUUGAGGGAGACAGUGAUGGUUACAUCAACUUGGUAGCCUACCCUUACGUGGAAAGUGAGACUGUAGACCAAGAUGACACACCAGAACGGGAACAACCUCGACGUAAACACUCCCGCCGGAGCCUGCAUCGGUCAGGCAGUGGUAGUGACCACAAGGAGGAGAAAGCCAGCCUGUCCAUUGAGACCUCUGAGAGCUCCCAGGAAGCCAAGAGUCCGAAGGUGGAGCUACACAGCCACUCAGAUGUCCCUUUCCAGAUGCUAGACAGCAAUAGUGGUCUGAGUUCUGAGAAGAUCAGCUACAACCCCUGGAGCCUGCGCUGCCACAAGCAGCAGCUGAGCCGUAUGCGAUCUGAGUCCAAGGACCGAAAACUCUACAAGUUCCUCCUGCUUGAGAAUGUGGUACACCACUUCAAGUACCCCUGUGUGUUGGACUUGAAGAUGGGUACCCGGCAGCAUGGGGAUGACGCAUCAGCUGAGAAGGCAGCCCGGCAGAUGAGGAAGUGUGAGCAGAGCACAUCUGCUACACUGGGGGUCAGGGUCUGUGGCAUGCAGGUAUACCAGCUGGACACAGGUCAUUACCUCUGCAGGAACAAAUACUAUGGUCGUGGACUCUCCAUUGAAGGCUUCCGCAAUGCCCUGUAUCAGUACCUGCACAAUGGCCUGGACCUGCGUCGUGACCUCUUUGAGCCUAUCCUGAGCAAACUUCGGGGCCUCAAAGCUGUGCUGGAGCGGCAGGCCUCCUACCGCUUCUACUCUAGCUCUCUGCUCGUCAUCUAUGAUGGCAAGGAGUGCAGGCCUGAGCUGCGACUCAAGCACGUGGACAUGGGGCUCCCUGAAGCGCCACCAUCCUGUGGUCCCAGCACUAGUCCUAGCAGCACCAACCUGGAAGCUGGCCCCUCUUCUUUGCCCAAAGUGGAUGUCCGCAUGAUUGACUUUGCACACAGCACAUUCAAGGGCUUCCGGGAUGACCCCACUGUUCACGAUGGGCCGGACAGAGGCUAUGUGUUUGGUUUGGAGAAUCUUAUCAGCAUCAUGGAACAGAUGCGGGACGAGAACCAGUAGGCCCAAUUCUGGGCCCUAAGACAGACCCCUUCCUCUCCAUCCAUAGGCAGGGACCAUUGCUCUGAACUUGCUGUGAGGACACGCUGACUUGCUUUUAAAGGGUUAUAUUUCUCUUUGGUGUAAACUAAAAGAAAUGUUUUUAGCUGUAGCCUGGAAUCCAUAUAUAUAUAUACGUAUAUAUAUAUAUAUAUAUACACACACACACACACACACACACAUACGCACACACGCACACACGCACACACACACACACACACACACACACACACACACACACAUGCUCACAAAGUAAAGGAGGGCAGAACAUACGUCCUCUCAGCCAGGCUCCUUGGCUUUGUGGCUCUCUCUGCUCUGUCCAGGCUGACUCAGGAAGGAAAAGGUGGCCCCAGUGGGCUUGGUAGCAGAGACAGAAUGCCUUUGAACUUUUGUUCCCUUGCCUAAGGUUUUUGGGAUCUGUGGCUGUGGGGCUCUGCUGGUUGUGAGGUGAAUCCCUUGGCUGGCAGAGGGUCUAUCCACGCCCACUAAUCCCUCAUUUCCCAGAACUGGGGAGGUUAAGUGCCCAUGUUGUGGGGGCUUUUCUAAUUUUGUGCCAGUCUUGAGCAGUUGCCCUUGGCAAUACAGGGCUGACUGCACAGAUGGACUAAUCCUUGGGUCUCAUUUUGGCAUGGGGCUAGAUUUGUGAAGCUGAGCUAAGGCCAGCGAACAACAGGGGGCAGGCCCUGGGCUCCCAGGCACACUAGGCAUGUAAACUUGCCCCUCUGUCCGCAACCCCAGCCAGCCUGUUGCCAAGAUCCCUUGCCUAAGGAGGGCCACAUACCCUCCUGUCCUACUGAGAUGGGCGCAGCUCUGUUUGCUGAGGUGAGUCAGUGUCCCAUGAGGCCCAAGGGCCUUUAGUGGCUCUGGCCUAGACAGUAUUUGCAGUUCUUGAGCUUUGGGUGGUGUUCCUCCCUCUAGUUUGGGCAGCUGUGCUGCCUCUAGAUGAGCUGCUCCCCCCCCCCCAGGGCUCAGGGUCUGUGGUCCACUCAGGGUCUCGUCUUCUCCAGGCCAUGCUCAAGGCGGAAGCCCGUUAUAUGGUGUUCCAGGCUCUAGGCCUGGAGGGAGAACUUUAAAUUUGUCUGCUUCUAAGGACAUAGGACCCUGGGUACAGGUGCCCAGAGUCUGCUGAGAACUUUGUCUGGUUAAUCCUAGGAUCUGUUAGGAAGUUCAUCUGUCCGCCUGCCAGCCCGUUUGUGUGGUGAGCUUUCUGGAGUAUAGCCUUGUUGAUUAGUAUAUAUUGCUUUGCUUCAUGCUUUCCUCGGCGAAACAUUCUUUCCCUUUUCUGAGGAAAGCCUUUGCUCCUGUGCCCUUCCCUUUGCGGGUUCUGCUGUUUUACAAACCUGUUUGCAGAAUGACCUGUAGUGGUGUUCGCUUGCUGGCCUUGUGGGCCUGGGGUGUGGCCUUCAGCACCAUGGGGCGGUGAAGGUUCAAGGGGACGAUCCUGGCCCAUUGCUCUUUUUGCUGCUAGCCCUUUGAUGGUAGAGACCUGCCACCCAUAAUGAUAGGUUGCUGCAGGGUACACUACACUCGGCCAUCUCCAAGUCUGUGGCCCACGGUCAACACUUCUGACAUGGCUUUGGCAUUUGAAGAUAAUCCUGCCAGCCUUUGAGAGAUACUGGUAACUAAUGGCGUACUUUCCUGGUUCAUAGGAGCCCUGAGAAGGGCUCCCUGACAGACCUCAGUCAUGGUCUUCUGACCCUGGUGCCAGUGGUGGGCAGGCUCCCAUUCCUUAGGGCCGGAGGCACAGCUUUGCCCACUUCUGGUUAGUAACAACUGUCUUCUGUCCAGUAAUAUUCUGUUCUUCAGCUAUGGGGGAAUUGAUGUUCAUUAUUGUGGACACAUCUUUUCUGCCAGGAUAGAGGUUAAGAGUGGGUUCAGGGCGGGGGUGACCCCCUAGGGAUGUGCUGUGCCCCCCAAUUACCAGAUUCUGGGAGGCACUGUCCCACCCUGCCCCAUUUUGCUGCUUCUCAUGUAGCAAAGGAGGCCAUACCCCUUUAACAUUGUGAGCUCUGCCCCUACACCUUGAUAGGCUGGGGUUUGCUGCUUCUCAAGGGCAGGAGCCCACUUUUGAGCACUUUGAUGUCUGGAGGGCCAGCUUGUUUAUCUGAUGGGUGGUGGUGGGUGUGAUAACACUUUCUGCCAUCGCUGUCCCACCUGUCCCAGGCCAGAUCCCUGUCCCUGACAGGCCCUGCCUUCCCAGCCCCAAUUUGGGACCAAAGUGCAACUAGGGAUCAUAGGUUGGGAAGCUCAGGUUACCCCUCUCCAUAGUAUUUCCCCGGACUAAGCCCACACCAGCCCUGGGAGGUGAGUGGAAGUGAAACGGGAUGGGUGGUGCUUAAAGAGGAAAGGGACCAGUGUAGUAACUAACUUGCCUGGGACUCACCCUUCCCAUCUUUGGGCCUGUGCAGUGGGUGUGAAGAUUCUCUUAGGCCAAGGGCCUGGGCUAGUUCAGUAUGUGCUGCUCAUUCCCUCACACCUGGCCACCUGCACGUUCCCAAAAUGUAAACUGCUUUGAACUUUACAGCUGUGUAAGUUGUGUGUGUGCCCAUUUAAAAAAACAAACAAAACCCCCCCUGCAUUUUAAUGAGGAAAACGGAGAACCUGGGUAAAGUUCCUUUGCUUCUGUAGAGGAAAUGUAAGACUUCGAGUUCUGGAAAUUGUUCUCUGCUCCUCUUUCCUGGAAGCUACACACCUGCCUACAUAGCCUAAGACCUGCGCCUGGAUACACACGUGGCUCCAUUGGCGUUUAGGUGCGCUUGCAUUUCCCUGGGUCUUGUGUGUGGUGGAGAGGAGUGCUUGGCCCGAGCCGGCCCCUUUCUGUACGCCCAGUGCUACCCGCCCGCUUGUGUCAGGUCGUAUAUGUCCAAAUAAAGCCUCUAGAAACUAAA